UCGGGCGCGCUCGCCAAGGACGAGACCACGGGCAACAUCUACCGGGGCCACGUGCUCAAGUGGUCCGAGCCCGACGACGCGCGCCAGCCCACGUCGCGCUGGCGCGUCUACGAGUUCAAGAACGGCCAAGAGGAGAAGGUCAUGCACAUCCACCGCCAGUCCGCGUACCUCGUCGGCCGCGUCAAGGAGAUCGCCGACAUCCUGACCAUGCACCCGUCCUGCAGCGGCCAGCACGCCGUCAUCCAGUUCCGGCUGAAGGUCUCCGUGGAUCCGACCACGAACGUCGAGAGCCGCGCGGUGCUGCCCUACGUCCUCGACCUCGAGAGCACGAACGGCACGACGCUCAACGGCGAGCGCAUCGCGCCGGCGCGCUACGUCGAGCUCCGCGAGAAGGACAUGCUCCAGUUCGGCCACUCGACGCGGGAGUACGUCCUCAUU